AGACCGAGUAACUUAUCGGCUAAAGCUCAAACUUGGUCAAGCUAUCGGCAUUCGAAUACAAUAAAAUAUUUAAUCGGCAUCACUCCGGCAGGAGCAGUUAGUUUUUUAUCGUCAGGUUGGGGUGGUAAAGUAUCCGAUAAUGAAAUUACAUUACGAUCUGGAUUUCUGGAAAAAUUAAAUCAAAACGAUGUUAUCCUUGCUGACAAGGGAUUCUUAGUGAAGAAAGAAUUGGCUUUAAGAGGCGCUAUAUUAAAAAUUCCUUCCUGCAUAAGAGGUAAAAAGCAAUUACCAGCAAGAGAAGUUGAUCAGUCAAGGGAAUUAUGCCAUGUUAGAAUUCAUGUUGAGCGUGUUAUUGGUCGACUUAAAAGAUUUAAACUAUUACAGACUACAAUACCUAUAUCACAAGUGCAGUUAUUAGAUCAUGUUAUGAUUGCUGUCGCAGGAAUAGUCAACAUGAACCGCAGCAUUAUU